AUGCUUUGCAAAGUGUGUGAUCGUUUGAAUGUAACCGACCUGCUCGAGCAGGCAAAGGCCAAUAGUGGUAAGCCCUCUUAUUCCGAUGACUACCGGACUUUCGAGCAUCACAAAAGAUACGAUGAUCUCCCUCGUCCGGAUGUGAGCUUUGUCUACUUCUUCAACGGCAAUGCGAGGAAGAAAGAAUCGAGGCAUCUGGGCAAGGUAUUCUUAGAUCAGUUACACUGGAACAAAAAAUUUCGAGUCAUGGAGGCGACGGAGAAUAGGCACAUGGACUUGCGAGUAGAAAUUGAGACUUCAGAUCUGUAUUGUGACCAACCGUUCGAGAAAGAAAAGGUUUUUAAUCAUUUGACAUUCAGACAUUACAAUGAGAGUUGGAAGUGGAAUUUUGAUUACUAUACUAAGAUGGUUUGCAUUCUUCAGACACCGAAAGAUCAACCUAAAUUUAUCGACGAUAUUCGAAUAGGUCAGUUUAUCGUUGACGAGGAUUUGGCAUCAGAUGCAAAUUUUGACAUUGCACGAGGCUGGAUGAAUACCUGCAUUGUUGAACAUUCUGAAUCAAAAUGUCCUUCUUUUGAAGACAAAGUCUUACCUUCUAGAGUGAUUGAUGUUGGUUUGGAAGACACAAAUCCAUCUCUUUUUGUGACAAACGGUCUUGGGGGCAAAUGGAUCGCACUGAGUCAUUGUUGGGGGGGUCGAAUUGAGACCGUUUUAACAACAUCGAAUCUGCAAUCGCUCCAAAAAGAGAUCAAAAUGACAAACUUACCAGCUAAUUUCAGAGACGCAAUUUUGAUCACUCGCGGGCUCAGCUUUCAAUAUUUGUGGAUCGAUUCCUUAUGUAUCAUUCAAGACUCCAUACACGAUUGGUCGACUGAAUCAACAAAGAUGGGAGACAUAUAUCGAAACUCUGUCCUAACUAUCGGAGCAGCAGCAGUACACAAAGCUGCCGAUGGUAUACUUCACACUCGAUCACAAAUAUCUCACGAGAUGAAGCCUAAACUUAAACUAUCAAAAGACAGUGGAUUCGACGACGUUGUAGAAAUUGCUACCUCCAUCUUGGAGCCUGAAAAUCUCGCCAGAUUGUUUAAAUCUGGACCUCUGCAAUCUCGGGCCUGGGCAUUACAAGAGAGAAUACUUUCACCUCGAAUACUGUGGUAUGGUCGCAGACAAAUCUAUUGGCAAUGCCCAUGUGGAUUUCAAUCUGCGAACGGCAUGCCAUCAGAUGGCAGCAGCGAUUUUCCCUUGAGCAAGAACUACAUCUAUCCUGUAUUUACUCGAAGACUUGUUCUUAACCAGAAUUACAAUGAUGAGUUCACGAGAUUCUCUGAAGAAGAACUGCUAGAAAUAAAUCGCGAGUAUCAAUUCAUGGUUGAGGAUUACUGUAACCGAAAUCUGACUUACCCAAACGAUAAACUCCCAGCUUUUUCCGGCAUUGCAGCACUACUCCAUAAAGGAGUUGGAGGACAUUACUUAGCUGGAAUAUGGAGUAAAUUUUUCCAGAAAAAUUUGCUAUGGUAUGGAAUCUCUAGUUGGUCAGAUACAGUGCCUCAUAUAAAGCAGUACCGAGCACCAUCAUGGUCCUGGGCUGCUGUGGGUGAAGGAACUUCUAUAUUUUAUUACGAUUCAAUUCGCUUUACAUCUACCUCUUAUGGUCCUAUUCUUUUAUCACAUCACAUCGAACUUGCUAGCGAGAAUCCUUAUGGCGCUGUCAGAUACGCCCAUAUUAUUGUUGACACGCUUACGCUGAAGUUGAUUCACCUAGGUGAAUACAUGAAUCCCUCUAACAAAACCGGGUUCUCCUUAACAUUACAUUGGUUUGGGGAUACGGAACUGAGUUUGUUAUCUCCCCAAACGCUUCCCGAGUCCCCCCCCGGAAUUCCUCUCGAGAAACAGGGCGAGAUAGAAACACCAAGCGAGGGAUCUGCAGCCUCCACAACUGCCGAAACAAGUCUUGAACAUGCAAAGCUGCGAACUGCUCACAUUGUCCGCUGGGAUGAAGGUUACCCCGAUUGGUUGGCUGUUUCUCCGCUGAAGUGUAAAAUCAUGUUUGUAGUGGAAGAGAAGCGACCGGAGAAGUACGAAUAUGCACCCAUGGUGGAAUUUGAAUCGUGUUUAAAAUGUCUGAUCUUGCAAGAAGAUCCCGAAGAUACAAAGGUGUGUAGACGUAUAGGACAAAUGGAGCUGAAAUUCUUCUACGAAAAGACAGAAAAGCCGGAUUUGGAUGCAUGGCUGGCUUCAGAUCGGUGGGAAAGAGAGACCCUAAAGUUGAUUUGAACUGGAAGUUGACAGAGGAGGAGCAUGCAAUUUUCUAGCAGUUUCACUGAAAUUAUGAACAAAGGUUUGUCUACGUCUGGUAGAUGGACCGAAUUUUUCUUAGCGAAUCACAAUGUAUCGCAGUAAAACUUCUUCUAUUUUAUGAGCUAUGGGUGGUUAGCGUGGAGGAGGGGGAGUAUGAAAAGUUACACGGGAUUUUCAAACUCGGAGCAACAUGACUUUA